AUGGAUGUAACUGAGCCCCCUGUUACCAUGCAUCUAUCAGAAGAGGACCUCAACAGACUAUUGAUUGACGGCCUGUCAGAUAUCCUUGCAGAAGGUGUGCUGGGAAAAUUACCGACACAUACUCAAGCUGUCGAAAGAGCAGUAAAAGAAGUCAAACGAUCAGCACUAAAAGUGUGCGAUGGAAAGAAAAGGGAUGAAAUAAUCAGAACUAGACUAUUUGACAGAGCAAUACGGCCUAAGUUUGACUCUAAGACAGAGUUCAAAGCCUAA